AAAAAGUUUUGCGCAUCUAUGAGCAGUGGGAGGUGAACCUCGAAGCUCGUGCAGUUACGACAGUGUAAGGUUCCGAGGUAUCCGAUAACAUAGUGCAAAAACGAGCGAAUAUAGCCGUACGACUUGAGCAACCGUUCGUGUCCCCCCUGUUUGUGUGAAUCUGUCAAAUCAAGCAACAUACAUUUAACUGUGACCAGUAUCCUGCAGAAGUUAAGAAAACAAACAAACCAGAGUUACGAUAAGUGUGAAAAUCUGAGAAGUUCGUUAAGGAAGUGAAUUACACAGUAGUGAAUAAGCAGCCGGAAAAAUGUCGCAACAACUACCCAUACGUUUUCAGGAGCACUUACAGCUCACGAACAUCAACAUCAACCCGAGCUCGAUCUCGUUCACCAACCUGACGAUGGAGUCGGACAAGUUCAUCUGCGUGCGGGAAAAGGUGGGCGAGACGGCGCAGGUGGUCAUCAUCGACAUGAACGAUGCACAGAACCCGAUCCGCCGGCCGAUCAGCGCCGACUCGGCGAUCAUGAACCCGGCGAGUAAGGUGAUCGCCCUGAAGGCGCAGAAGACGCUGCAGAUCUUCAACAUCGAGAUGAAGUCGAAGAUGAAGGCGCACACGAUGACGGAGGAGGUGGUGUUCUGGAAGUGGAUCACGCUCAACACGCUGUCUCUGGUGACGGAGACGUCCGUGUAUCACUGGUCCAUGGAGGGCGAUUCGACGCCGAUCAAGAUGUUCGAGCGCCACUCGUCGCUGAACGGCUGCCAGAUAAUCAACUAUCGCACCGAUCCGAAGCAAGCUUGGUUGCUGCUAGUAGGUAUCUCGGCACAGCAGAAUCGUGUCAUCGGCGCCAUGCAGCUGUACUCGGUCGAGCGUAAGGUGUCGCAGGCGAUCGAAGGACACGCCGCGUCGUUCGCCACGUUCAAGAUGGAGGAGAACAAGGAGCUGUCGACGCUGUUCUGCUUCGCCGUGCGCUCGCAGACCGCGGCCAAGCUGCACAUCAUCGAGGUGGGCACACCGCCGGCCGGCAACGUCGCGUUCACGAAGAAGGCGGUGGAUGUGUUCUUCCCGCCGGAGGCGCAGAGCGAUUUCCCGGUCGCGAUGCAGGUGUCGCCCCGGUACGACGUCAUCUAUCUGAUCACCAAGUACGGCUACAUCCACAUGUACGACAUCGAGACGGCGACCUGCAUCUACAUGAACCGCAUCUCGGGCGACACGAUCUUCGUGACGGCACCGCACGAGUCGAGCGGUGGCAUCAUCGGCGUAAACCGCAAGGGUCAGGUGCUGUCGGUAACGGUGGACGAGGAGCAGAUCAUUCCGUACAUCAACACGGUGCUGCAAAACCCGGACCUGGCGCUGCGCAUGGCGGUGCGAAACAAUCUGUCCGGCGCGGAGGAUCUGUUCGUGCGCAAGUUCAACCAUCUGUUCACGAACGGGCAGUACGCGGAGGCGGCCAAGGUGGCGGCGAUCGCGCCCAAGGGCAUCCUCCGUACGCCCCAGACGAUCCAGAAGUUCCAGCAGGUGCCGGCUCAGCCGGGAACUAGCUCGCCGCCGCUGCUGCAGUACUUCGGCAUCCUGCUCGACCAGGGUAAGCUGAACAAGUACGAAUCACUAGAGCUGUGCCGCCCGGUGCUGGCUCAGGGUCGUAAGCAGCUGUGCGAGAAGUGGCUGAAGGAGGAGAAGCUGGAGUGCAGCGAGGAGCUGGGUGAUUUGGUGAAGCCGUCCGAUCCGACGCUGGCGCUGUCGAUCUAUCUACGCUCGAAUGUGCCGAACAAGGUGAUCCAAUGCUUCGCCGAGACGGGCCAGUUCCAGAAGAUCGUGCUGUACGCGAAGAAGGUCAACUACAGCCCGGACUACGUGUUCCUGCUGCGCUCGGUGAUGCGCACCAAUCCAGAGCAGGGAUCCGGCUUCGCCUCGAUGCUGGUGGCGGACGAAGAGCCGCUUGCGGACAUCAACCAGAUCGUGGACAUCUUCAUGGAGCAGAACAUGGUGCAGCAGUGCACGGCGUUCCUGCUCGAUGCGCUGAAGAACAAUCGACCGGCCGAGGGCGCCCUGCAGACGCGACUGCUCGAGAUGAACCUUAUGUCGGCGCCGCAGGUAGCGGAUGCGAUCCUCGGUAACGCCAUGUUCACGCACUACGAUCGGGCGCACAUCGCUCAGCUGUGCGAGAAGGCUGGCCUAUUGCAGCGUGCCCUCGAGCACUACACCGACCUGUACGACAUUAAGCGCGCGGUCGUCCACACGCAGCUGCUGAACGGUGACUGGCUGGUCGGGUUCUUUGGCACCCUUUCGGUGGAGGACUCGCUCGAAUGCCUGAAGGCGAUGCUGACGGCGAACAUUCGUCAGAACUUGCAAAUCUGCGUGCAGAUCGCUACCAAGUACCACGAGCAGCUGACCACCAAGGCGCUGAUCGACCUGUUCGAAGGCUUCAAGAGCUACGAGGGCCUGUUCUACUUCCUCGGCUCGAUCGUCAACUUCAGCCAGGAUCCGGAGGUGCACUUCAAGUACAUCCAAGCGGCGUGCAAGACGAACCAGAUCAAGGAGGUGGAGCGCAUCUGCCGCGAGUCGAACUGCUACAAUGCCGAGCGCGUCAAGAACUUCCUCAAGGAGGCCAAGCUCACCGAUCAGCUGCCACUGAUCAUCGUGUGCGACCGGUUCGACUUCGUGCACGAUCUGGUGCUGUACCUCUACCGCAACAGCCUGCAGAAGUACAUCGAGAUUUACGUGCAAAAGGUCAAUCCGUCGCGGUUGCCCGUUGUCGUUGGCGGUCUGCUCGACGUCGACUGCUCGGAGGACAUCAUCAAAAAUCUGAUCCUGGUCGUGAAAGGUCAGUUCUCGACGGACGAGCUGGUCGAGGAGGUGGAGAAGCGCAACCGGCUGAAGCUGCUGCUGCCGUGGUUGGAGUCGCGCGUGCACGAGGGUUGCGUCGAACCGGCCACACACAACGCGCUGGCAAAGAUCUAUAUCGACUCGAACAACAACCCGGAGCGAUUCCUGAAGGAGAAUCAGUUCUACGAUAGUCGCGUCGUCGGUCGGUACUGCGAGAAGCGCGACCCGCAUCUGGCGUGCGUCGCUUACGAGCGUGGCCAGUGCGACCGGGAGUUGAUAGCGGUGUGCAACGAGAACUCGCUGUUCAAGUCGGAGGCACGCUACUUGGUGCGUCGGCGGGACGCUGAGCUGUGGGCGGAGGUGCUCUCCGAGGCCAAUCCCUACAAGCGCCAGCUGAUCGACCAGGUGGUGCAGACGGCACUCUCGGAGACGCAGGAUCCGGACGACAUCUCGGUCACGGUGAAGGCGUUCAUGACGGCCGACCUGCCGAACGAGCUAAUCGAGCUGCUCGAGAAGAUCGUGCUCGACUCGUCCGUGUUCUCCGAUCAUCGCAACCUGCAGAAUCUGCUCAUCCUGACGGCGAUCAAGGCCGACCGGAGCCGCGUCAUGGACUACAUCAACCGGUUGGACAACUACGACGCACCGGACAUCGCUAACAUCGCGAUCAACAACGAGCUGUACGAGGAGGCAUUCGCGAUCUUCAAGAAGUUCGACGUCAACACGUCCGCCAUCCAGGUACUGAUUGAGCAGGUGAACAAUCUCGAGCGGGCGAACGAGUUCGCCGAGCGCUGCAACGAGCCGGCCGUAUGGUCGCAGUUGGCGCGCGCCCAGCUCCAGCAGGGUCUUGUGAAGGAGGCGAUCGACAGCUACAUCAAGGCGGACGACCCGAGCGCCUACAUGGACGUAGUCGAGACGGCUAGCCGCAACGACUCGUGGGAGGACCUGGUGCGAUACCUGCAGAUGGCGCGCAAGAAGGCACGCGAGAGCUACAUCGAGAGCGAGCUGAUCUACGCGUACGCCCGCACGGGUCGGUUGGCCGACCUGGAGGAGUUCGUGUCCGGACCGAACCACGCCGACAUCCAGAAGAUCGGUGAUCGGUGCUUUACCGACCGCAUGUACGAGGCGGCCAAGCUGCUGUACAACAACGUGAGCAACUUUGCGCGGCUCGCCAUCACGCUGGUGCAUCUGCGCGAGUUCCAGGGCGCCGUCGAUGGGGCGCGCAAGGCCAACUCGACGCGCACCUGGAAGGAAGUGUGCUUCGCCUGCGUCGACGCGGAAGAGUUCCGGCUGGCGCAGAUGUGCGGUCUGCACAUCGUGGUGCACGCCGACGAGCUGGAGGACCUGAUCAACUAUUAUCAGGAUCGAGGCUACUUCGAGGAGCUGAUCGGGCUGCUGGAGGCGGCGCUCGGGCUGGAGCGUGCCCACAUGGGCAUGUUCACCGAACUGGCCAUCCUGUACUCCAAGUACAAGCCGGCAAAGAUGCGCGAGCAUCUGGAGCUGUUCUGGUCGCGCGUCAACAUCCCGAAGGUGCUGCGGGCGGCCGAGCAGGCGCAUCUCUGGUCGGAGCUGGUGUUCCUGUACGACAAGUACGAGGAGUACGACAACGCCGUGCUGGCCAUGAUGGCCCACCCGUCCGAGGCGUGGCGCGAGGGUCACUUCAAGGACAUCAUCACCAAGGUGGCAAACAUCGAGCUGUACUACAAGGCCAUCCAGUUCUACCUGGACUACAAGCCGCUCCUGCUGAACGACAUGCUGCUCGUGCUGGCGCCACGCAUGGACCACACCCGGGCAGUUAGCUUCUUCACCAAGCAGGGUCACCUGCAGCUGGUCAAGACCUACCUGCGUUCGGUCCAGAGCCUCAACAAUAAGGCCAUCAACGAGGCGCUCAACGGGCUGCUGAUCGACGAAGAAGACUACCAGGGCCUGCGCACCUCGAUCGAUGCGUUCGACAACUUCGACAACAUUGCGCUGGCACAGAAGCUCGAAAAGCACGAGCUCACCGAGUUCCGUCGUAUUGCCGCCUAUCUGUACAAAGGAAACAAUCGCUGGAAGCAGAGUGUGGAGCUGUGCAAGAAGGACCGCCUGUUCAAGGACGCGAUGGAGUACGCGGCCGAAUCGCACCAGGGCGAGCUGGCGGAGGAGUUGCUCGGCUGGUUCCUGGAACGCGGCGCUUACGAUUGCUUUGCGGCAUGUCUCUUCCAGUGCUAUGACUUGCUGCGGCCCGACGUUAUCCUAGAACUUGCAUGGCGCCACAACAUCAUGGACUUUGCGAUGCCCUACAUCAUUCAGGUGACGAGAGAGUACACCUCCAAGGUUGACAAGCUCGAAGCGUCGGACGCGGAACGGCAGAAGGAAGGAGACAGCACCGAACACAAAUCGAUCAUCAUGCCCGAACCGCAGCUGAUGCUGACGGCCGGGCCCGGCAUCGGCAUGCCCCAGUACGCCCCACAGUACGCCGGCGCGUACGUCGCCCCGCAACCAAAUAUGACCCCAUACCAGUACGGUGGUUUAAAUUAAGCCAGAAGCGAAGUGGUGUCGAUUACUCGAGACAGCACUGUGGCGAACGACGGUCUUUACAUUGCUAGUGGAAGCUUAACACCCAGCUAGUGCGGACAGGCACAUACGCUACACGCAUCAAACUACAAAGCUAUCAAACAAACGCCAUCAAAGGAUAACUCAAUUUCACGCCACUUUCUUCAUGUUUUGAUUCGAACAUAUUUAUCAAAGCUCUGGGAUAGGCAAGAGGCGAUGUGAGAGUAUUACAUCGCGCUUCGACACAGCCCCCAAACGGCCAAUAGACACAAAGCAAAGCAAAUCAUUCGUUAGUAGACGUUACAAGAAUCAAGUAAUGCAAGUAGUAGUUCACGAGCAAAGGAAAAAUUCAGUAAAAACACGUUAUCAUUUAUCUUAUUGUUCACUAAGAAAAUGAAAAAAAAACUAGAUGCAAAAGAAAAGAUUAUAUAAAUAUAUUAUAUAUAUACAUAUAAAAGUAUACAUACGAGAGAACUAAACUAAACAAAAAAACAAAAAACAAACCCAUGAGAUGCAGUUGUGUAAAUAUAAGUAAAACAUACUAUAAACGACGCAGAACUUGUUAUCGUAGUGAUGAAUUUAUUCUGCUAGUAGACAAAAAAUGAACAGUUAGCGAAAGUUUGCGAAGCAUGCCCGAUUAAAUAAUCGUUCUACACGCGGGACUGCGGACACUUUUAGAGACACACGCGCGAACCAACCUCGUGGGACAGUAAAGAGCAACACGCACCGGGAUAAUGUUUGCUCCGUGUAUCAGCCAAAUUCCUAGCAUCACAACCGUCCGGCGAUUGAGCAGAAAGACAGGUGAAAUCAGUCGUACCAGUACGGCAGAAGGGACGGGGCUGAUGAAUCAUGAAAAAAAACGCGAGCAACAAGAAAACGCAAACCAUAAUAAUGGAAAUCACUAAAAUUCCAAAGCUUCGACACAAUCCAUGCA